GACAAACAGGUUUUGCUACUUGUGAGAACUAGAUCGUCUGCUAGCUAUCGCCUUUGCCUUUUGGAGCCUGGGUCUGGGAUAAAACAUUCUUUAAAAUGCCUCUUUUAGCACACUUUGCAAGGAAUAUGUGCUAUCUUUUUCUUCUUCUUGCAUACAGUUUCAAAGCAGAGGGGGAUGAAAAUAGUAUACUUAGUUGUCACUUUGAUGUUGACAUCAUACAAAGUCAUCACGUUGGCAACAGUCCCAUCGUGAGCUCACCGCUGGUAGCAGACAUCGAUGCCGAUGGGACACUUGAUAUCAUCACUACAACAUUCGACGGGACAGUUGACGUUGUUGACGGAGAGAACAUGAAACCACAUUCUAGAUCACAGUGGCCCUAUCAGUUCCCAAACAGCACAGUACAUGCAAGCCCCAUGCUGUUUGAUGUUGAUGGUGAUGGCCUGAGAGAAGUUGUAGUGUUUACAACAGAUGGAGAGAUCAAUUACUUCAAGUCAGAUGGGACAUUUCUACCAGAGAAAACAGUGCAGAUCCCACCCCUCUGGGUAUCCAAGGAAUGGAUAAAUGAAGAAUCCUUGAUUGAUACUAGUACUACAAUAUCUCAGUUUGUGAGAACAUCGAGCGAUAGAGGUUAUCAGACCAACAACUUUAUCGCCUGUGACGCUCACAUCCUGGCCACGCCAGCGCUUACGGACCUCGACGGAGAUGGCAGAGAGGAGGAACUUGCACUUCCUGUGUCGUAUUAUGAUCAGCUUGAGUCACCAAGGGAUGAAGAAUCGGGUGAAAAUAUCCAGGACAUAGUGGUUGGUGGAUUGGUCAUUCUCAACUUGACCAGUGGUCAUCUUAUCAAGGAAGUACCACUGCAUUUAUCAAAGGUCAGUAAGCAAUCUGCUCCAUCCCCAGCCUAUCUGCUCUAUCCUCCAACGGUGGUUGACCUGGAUGGCCAUCAUGGCCCACCUGAGGUCAUCAUAGCAACAGCAUCGGGUCUCCUGCAUGCUAUGGACAGCAUGGGUCGGGCAAGAUCAGGCUUCCCUGUACGUCUCGAGGGAGGGGCCAUCACUGGACAGAUCACUGUAGACGAUCUGGAUAAUGAUGGCAACCUUGAGAUGAUUGUCCUCCAGACCUCUGGUGAUGUCAGCUGCUUCAGUAACCAUGGUAACAAGAUGUGGUCUUCCAAGGUAUCGGGAGGUUCGAUGCCAGGAUCCAGACUGGCUGAUCUUGAUGACGAUGGUGUGAUGGAUGUUAUCAUACCUACCAGGGAUGGGAAUGUGUGGGCUUUAUCAGGCAAGACUGGUACCCGUUUACCCCACUGGCCUGUGCACGUAGGAAGCAGGCUUGUAUCGAAUGUUGUGAUCACCAGUCUCAUUAAUUCAUCUCAAGGUCCAUCUGUUAUAACCACAGGGUAUGAUGGCAACCUGUAUAUUAUAUCAUCAUCGUCAGACAAGGGUAAGGAGCAGGGUCCGUGUAUUGAGGCCAUUGAACUUGGUGAAAGUUCAUUGACCCCUGUACACAUGGCAGACAUGAUCCCAUCCAUGCCUGGUGUGGAGAUGAUAGCUGCCACCACCCAUGGGAGUAUCAUGCUCAUGUCUACCCAGAAGCAGGAGAUGGAGAGUGUGGAGCUGGAAGACAUAAGAUGGAUGGAUGCAACAAAUGAUAAGCAGUUUGCAUACAAACAAGCAAAGUAUGGUGUGUUUGUGAGGAGAGAGACUAGGCAGAGAUCUUACAUCAGUGGUACAAGUUUCACCAUAGACCUUCACAUAGAAGAUGAAAACAGGCCCAGUGGAGGACAUUCAUAUGUCAUCCAGGUUUUUGCUGGUUCAAUCUGCCUUCAAUCUCCUGUGACCUAUUCUCAACCUGGUCUGUAUUCCCUUCAAGUAGCAACACCCAAUCAUCCAAUCACAGUCCUCGUUGAGGUUCACAUGACCAACCAACAUGGUCAGAUCUUUGUCGACUCAUUCCCAGUAAGUUUCAACACCAAGGUUACUGAUGACAUCCAAUGGAUGCUUGUCAUACCAACCAUUGCCAUGGCAAUCCUCCUCCUUGUCCUCUAUGGCUAUCCAGAGGUAGAUCUUCUUCCCACAUCUCAUACUUCUAAGGAGAGGUAACGAUGUGUCUACCUUGUCAUCUUCUAUGGAAUUGGGUAGAUGAAAGAAGAAGUUUCAGACCACAUUUAUCGUUAGUUCACAUGUUGUGGUAAAACAUGGCUAUUUAACAUACAUAUUUAUCUUGUGUUAUAAGAAACAAAGAGUUAAAUUACAUUAUGAUUUAAGUACAAUUACAAAACCCAUAGAAAACAGCAACAUAUGUGAACAAGACGAAAGUAUGGAAAACUCUGUAUACCUACCAAUGAAGGACAAUAAACUAGCAGCAUCAAACAGUACUUGUGACAUCUUCCUAAUACUGAUUACUGUCAGCAUUACUUGGUGAAAGUUUAUCACAGAUGGUGCUUUUUCAGAACAAAUGAAACUUUCUAGUAAUUUUUUUUUUCUGUGGAGGAGGUGCCUGAAAAUACAUUUUUUUCAAUAUGUGUUAUGUUAUCAUUUUUUUUGUGUGUGUGUUAUCUAGUAGAUGUUUUGUUCCAGUGGAAAUACAAUUUUCGAGCUGGAUAUGAUACUGGUAUUAUAAAGUACUUUACUAGAAUUUCAGCCACAGUCAAUAAGUUUGUUGUUACGUGUGUUUCAUACCAAAAUGUAUGAUUUGUAAUCUCAUCAUUUUAUAAAUAAAUUUAUGAGUGAGAAAAUGUAUCCACUGAAAGGUAAUUAAACGUUUAUACAAAGUCAGCCUGAAUGGAAGCAGAAUAAUCAAACUAGUGAAAAUACUAGAUAAAUUGCACAAACAGUAAGGAAGUACCAGUAGUGAAGAAACUGAUAAAAUUCUUGUCUCAGUCUGUCUCUAUUCUUAUCUUCAAAAAUGCAUGGGGAGUCAAUAGCAAUGUGCAAAUAUUGUUUAUUUUAUUAUUAUCUGAAUCUUGAGAUCCCUAAUGAUCUAGUAAUCUCCCAUUGUCAAUUGUGCAAUGAUGUGCAUUGCUGUAGUGGUACUACUCCUCCAUAAAAACGAAUUACAUAUAACCUUUUGGGGUACAUUUGAUUGUGGUUUUGUGAACAUGGGUUGUUCAUAAUGUAUAUUGAAAUAUGUCUGUUCUAUGCAUGUAGAAAUUGAGAAAAGUGAUUUGUUAGAUUUGUUCAAAGAAAACAAUGAAUGGAGCAGUACUCCCUACUGUGACAUCACACAAACAGCAAACAAAACAAAAAAAACAAUACACAAAUGAAGCAGAUUAAACUAAACUAGCUGCUGACUUCCAUGAUCUUCUACCAAGAAUAUUGAUGCAAGAUAAUAAUGGUUAUUCCAAGUUUCUGAUCUUGAUAAACAGUAUUCAACAUAAUGUCAUUAUAAUAUCACGAAAGAAAUUUGAUUCUUAGAUUUUAGUAAGUUUUUUUUUGUGUUAUUCAUCAUGUGAGUCAUUUGCAAAUCUUAUAAAAAAAAAAUACUGAAUAGACAGUUAACAUUGAAAGUAGAAUAUUUAUAGAGAGCUAAUUAUGAUGUUAGCCAAAAUUUUGAUUGGCAAUGGAGUAGCAUAAUGUAGUUUAUGAUAGAUAUAUUCUGAGACUGUUUGGAACCAUGUGACAUAAGCCCCAUCAUGAUUGUGUGAUUUCACUUUUGUUUAAUUAAUCUAUCAAAACCUCAAUGUAUAUUUCAAUUCCAAAUCAUGAUUAUAUUUGCUGACGAUGUCUUUGUGUUGAAUGUCUUUUUUAGAAAUUAAAUAGUGAGAAAUUAUUGUAAAAAUGUCAUGUUGUCAACAAACUAUGAAGUUUCAAGUUUUGCAAUUGUUGUAAAAAUAUCUGAAAUUUCUCUUCCAUUCAGAGCCCAAGAUGAGUACUAAUGUCCUCCACUUUUGCUGUUCUGUUAUGAUACUGAUAUAUAAAUAGUAUAAUGAGGUGUACUUCAUAUUUGUAUGUAUGGUACUUGUGGAAGGAAGAUAUGCAAUAUAAUAUAUUUUGUAAUUUUUCUUCAUAUAAUUAAAUAUUUGUGAAUGUUUUGUAUAUGCUGUUGAGUGCAAUAUAUGUAUUUGUAUUUUGUAUUAAAGUUUGCCAUUGGAUGGUAAUAGACUUGAAGAA